AUGAAGAAAAAGACGAGGAAGCGCAAGAUUCUUGCGCUUUGCUCUCUGUCUCCCAGAGGAAGAUCGUUUGACAACUGCGUUGAUGAGAUGCAACGUGCGGAAGAACUAAGGAAUUUUCUGAUUGAUGUAGCUUCUUCCAGUAAAAAUACCGGCCAGAUAUCCGAUUCUGGUGGCUGGAGCUCCUCAGAUGAUGACGAAGAUCCAAUGGAUGAAAAUCCAGAUUCUGAGAGUGAGAAAAAUGCAAGUUUCAAGGAACAUAGACGGGCACACUAUGACGAGUUUCGAAUGGUAAAGGAGCUGAGAUCGUCGGGGUCAUUCUAUGGUGAAGACGCAGAAGUGAAGGAUAGCACCAGAACGGGUAAAUCCGAGGCAACAAUCUCACAAAAAACUACCGGUGUUAAAGGCUUGGAUAGAGAAACGACUGAUGGUGCUGGGGAUACGAUAUCAUUGGGAAAGUCAACUUGUAGUUGA